AUUACACCUACAUAUGUGGCACUGAAAACAUUGUUACUCAGAUACUCACAAAAUUCUAGAAUGUUAUUACAAAUUUUGUAAAAAAAUUAUGCAAAAACUUUGUAUUACUGAAAAGUUUAAGUGAUAAAUAUAUUUAAAAUGGAUACAGUACACUCUUCGAAAAUUCCAAUAAGAGCGAAAGGGAUUGAACUGCUUGAAGAACUUCCUUCCGAUGAAGGCGAUCUUGAAGGCUAUGAUUUAUUUAUGGGCAUCUGGGAAUUGAGCGCUAGCCUUGGUAACUUCAACCACAAUGUGGAGGAAACGGUGAGAUUUAUAAGCCAAAAUAAUACGACUUCAAACGACUCAUUUGAGCUGGUCCUGCUCAAUGAUUUCCGGAUGAAAUUCGAACAAUUGCAAAAGGGAGCGGAUUCUGAGGAGAAGACUCUGCACGAGACUCGCGGCGAUCUCUUUAUGCGUCUCUAUAAGGAUCUGGUGGACAUAGAACCGGAACCUUUAAGAUGCGAGUACCUAAAUCUUUGCUAUGAACUUUUUGAUUCUGUACACCCAAAACUUGGGGAUCGUAAAAAGUCUUAUGCCCAUCGCGUAGAACUCAUUGAUCGUUUGUACGCUCAGGUUCAAAACAUAUUGCAUCGUCUUAAUGGAACUUCAGAUGUCGAAGGAAGAUGCUCUGAUUCCCUUAAUAGCAUCUGUCUGGGAUCGAAGACUUCCCAAAAUACAGACUCGGUAAUUAAAAAGGUUAGUUAUCCAGCAAAAGCAGUGGUGUCUGAGGAAAGCGUAGAAAAAACAAAGUUAGGCUCUAGUAGACUAGAAGGUUAUAUAUUGAUUGAGAAUUGGCCGAUAACAAUUAUGUGCUUUUCAAAAGGAAUCAGAAUUCAAAGCGAAGUCUUUCAGAUCGUUAGCCGAAAAAUAAUUCCUGAACCGGCAGAUAUAGUGAUAGAACAAUAUACUUCUGGUAAAGCCCUAGAAACAUAUACUUUUAAUGCUUCUGAGGAAAUUCCUCUGCCUGACUUAAGUAGUCUAAGUGGGGCAGAUUAUAAUGCCUAUGAUGAAUCUGUAUCCAUCAAUUGUGAAGCCAAUAUUAAUUUACAAAAUUUUAUUAGUUCUCCCAAAGACAAUUUGACUAGCCAAUGCUUUGACAAGGAAGCUAUCUCAGAAAAUAAGGAAGUUAAGGAUGUUUUAUCUCAAAAUUUUCCUAAGAACGAUUCCUCUUCUUCGAACAUUCUUGUUAAAGAUGUAAUUUCAGAUGGACUUAAAAGCAAAGAUAUUUGUAGGUUAAUCAUUGAGAAAGCCGCUUCUCCAAGUCCUGAAGACAUGGAAACAUUUAUUGCCAAACAGGAUUAUUUUGAUAAGGAUGCCAUUUCGAAGGGUAAAGAAGUUAAUGAUUUUAAAGUUCUAAAUAUUCCUGAGAAUAAUCCAUUUUCUACCAACUGUCUGGAUAACGUUGUAAUCUCAGAUGAAAUGGAGAGCAAAGAUGUUUGUUCUUUGAUCAUUGACGAAGCUGAAUUACCAAAUGCUGUUAAAAACACCACCUUUGGUUCUCAUUGUAGCCUAAAAAAGAUGACAAAUUUCUACAAAUACUAUAAAAAUAAACUUGAUUCAAUAACUGACUCGACAAUUGAGUUAUGUGAAGAUAUUGAUGACAAUGGCGCUGCGCUCAGAUCAGAAGAUGUGGGUUUUACAGAUGGGAGUUUGAAUCAACUGAGGAAAUCUGUGAGUGAUAUAAAGCUAAACGUUUUGAAAGAAGUAGAUCGGUCUCUGCAGUUGACGUUGCAAAAUGGUAUUUCUGGGUAUUCGUCGAGAAAACCGUCAAUGGAAAAUGUUGAACAUGCUUCGACAAAUUUUGGGAAAAAUUCAACAUUUACUGAAGAGCUUCGUUUACAAAGACCUAGAAAAAUAUCGUCGAAAUUGAUAGAGGGACACCAAAAGAAAAAGGAUCGAAAAUUUCUCUCAUCUAGAUUGAGUCCCACCAAAAAAAAUAAUUGUUGCUUUCACGAGACGUCUGAAAGAAAACAUUCCGCUGAAUGUCGUAAAAGUAAGGAGAGAAAUAGUAAAGAAGUAGUUAUAGGAGAUCGCAAAAAAACUGUUGUGUCCAACUGUUAUGAAAUUAAAGAUCCAGAGUCAGAUUCCUGUAUGUUAUACAGUGAUAUCCGAGAAGAAUGUUUUAUGGUAAUGGAAGAUUGGUUUUUUAAGCCAGAAGAAAUGUCCUAUGAAUUUAUCGCUGAAGAGGACGAUCAGGAAAUACUGUCACAAAAAUCCAGUAAAAUUGCUAAAAUAGAUAAGUCAAUGACUGAGUUCUCAAAUAAAAGUAGUUGCCGUGAAGAUUGUAUCAACAAUCCUGAAGAUUUUAAGUCUUCUUCACAUAACUUAUACAUUGAUAUCUAUGACAAAUGUCAUUUGCUAAAAAAUGAUGAUGGCCGAAGCAUUCCAUUAGAAAAAUCAUUAGAAAAAUUCUGUGAAUUUUCCGCUGAAGGAGACAGUCAAGAAAAGCUACCAGUAAAAUCAAUUAAAUCUCCGAAAGAUUUAAUAUCUUUUUCGCCGAAUUUACGCAUUGAUAUCUCUGCUGAAUGCUGUGAUCUUAUUGGUUAUAAUUUAACAUCACAAAUAUCCGUUGAGGCUGGCGGUCAAAAAAAGCCUUCAACAAAAUCAAGUCAAAUUACUAAAAUGAAUUCGAAUUUGACAAAAUUUUCAAAUAAAGAUUUUCGCACUGAAACCUGUAUUAAAAAUACAAAUUGUAAAACUGAAGCCUGUAUUAAUAACCCGAGUGAUUUGAAACCUCCUUCGCAGAAUUUGCUCAUUGAUAUCUCUGAUGAAUGCUAUUUAGUUGAUAAUGAUUUGAGUAUUAACUUAGCUCCCGAAAAAUCAAAUGCCUUUAACUCUGAACAGGAUGACCCUAUAUUGAAAAAAAAUUUCCAAGCCGAUAGUUACGUUAAACAACCCACUUUCAAUGAAGAAGAUUGGUCUUUGACCCAGCUUCCUGGAAAAAAUUAUGCAUGUAAAGGUAGAUUUAAAGAUGAUUUAAAAACAUCUUCAAAUAUGAUAGGCACUGACAUGUCUUUGGAAUACUUAGAUUUAAAUUUUAAGAUAGAUCAAAAUGAAUUUUUAGAUGAGAAGGACAAUCAGGAAAUGCUUUCACCAAUAUUAAGUAAAAUUAAGAAAACAGUAAGUGACGUCAAACUCAACGUUUUAAGGGAAGUGGAUAAAUCCAUAUCAGAAUUGACAUUAAAAAGUGUCUCUGGCCUUUUACGCAGGAAACAAAACCGAGAAAAUUGUAAAAACGGGUUGAAAAGUGAGAACUUUAAUGAAACCAGCAGUAAUUUAUCAUUACCCGAGAACAGUAAUAUGAUCUUUGAUUUAGCAGAGGAAUGUGACUUUGCAAAAAACCUGAGAAGAGAAGUGCAUACAUCUUUAUCAGAUUCAACCGUAAGAAGUACUUCUGACGCCUCACCCAAAGACCGCUGCGUUGCAGAAUUUCAGAAUGUGUCACUAAAUUCCGAAUUUAGUUUGAAGUUUGAAGAAAAAAAUUCCAUCAUUGAUUUAUGUAAUAAAUGCGAUAUCAAGGUAAACUAUUCAAAUACUUUGGAUAAAUACAUUGCUGAAGGCUUAAGUAUACAGAAAAGAAAUCCCAGUGAGAUGGCUAAGAACAAUGGUUCAGGGGAUGUGUUUUCUGUAAAAAGUGAGAUACAAAAUUGCGAAGAAAUUUAUUUUAAAUGGCAGCAUCAACGGCACAUUAUUGCCGCUCCUCGUGCCAUUAUAAAAAUCUUCAAAUCGAACUCGGCUUAUGAGUGUUCCCCUGAAGAUCCAAAUGCCCCCGACUUCUAUGAACAAUUGGAUCAAUUUUUUGAGAUAACGGGGGAUAAGAAAUGUUGCCCUUCAUCGGAUAUAGAUGUAUCUUUGAUUGAAUCGCGGAUGAAACAGAUUCUUAAACACGCCAGGAAGUCAGUUCCCAAGAGAAUAAGCUACUCCGACUGGGUGGCUUUGGUGGGCCAACUCAAUUUAAGGCAGUUGCUAACGGGUGAGGAGAGAAACGCCUACGAGUCCUUGCGAUGGCAUUUUAGGGAUACGGGUGAUGAGGAUAUAUCCGCAAAGUCCCGUUUUACCGAUGCACUCCAUGGGAUGAUGGGAUACGGAUCACCUCAUUUGAAGGUGUCAAGUGUAACUGGUAGGCUGCAACUGCGUUCGCCACAGCAUCAGGAUAGCCUCAGUGAGUCCUAUUUGUUGCUUUCCAUUGGCCACCUGGGAUACUUCUAUCGAGAGUUAGAAGAGCACCUGAAGAUACUUGGCCAACGGGAAGAAACUGCUGCUGCUCUCCGAAAAUGUCUGCAAAGUUACCUCUUGGAUUUCAAACUAUUCUAUAAGAAACAGAAAAAGAAUCCCUGCAGUCUGAUAAGUUUAUAUCGAAAAACUCGACACCACCAGUUGCACUUUCAGUGGCUUAUAUCUGUUCUGCAAAACAUUCAGAACGAAAAGUCUAUUAUAGUUUCGCUGUAUGAGCAGUCAUGCCGAAGAUGCGGUUAUCAAAAAAGUUUAUUGCUAACGUGGCUUAAAGUGGCUAGCCAACCUAUGAUUACUAAACUUCAACAAUGGCUACUUACUGGUCGCCUAAAUUCUUUGGAUGGCGAUGAGUUUCUCAUAGAACGAGAUUCAACAUCGAAUACUAGUGAUUUUUGGCAGAAACGCUUCCGAAUUACAGAUUAUUUUUCUGGAUUUUUUGACCCUCAGCUCGAUGAGCUUAUAAUUAGCGUUGGAAAAACUAUGGUAUACGCACAGAAGUACUUGGGAUUCGAGGUGGAAACUUGUAUGAAAAGCAAAGAACUACGAGAAAUAUUGCUACAGAAAUUUGAUCAAUGCUAUCAUUAUGCCGACCAGGAACCACUCCAUACUUUUCUUAGAAAUCUACACUUGGAGGUUUCGGGCAAGGUGCUAAGAUAUCUCCGGAAAACCGAGUACAAUCCGAAGUACCUCUUUAAUCAGCUGUACAAGUACAUCAUGCUAGCGGAUCUGAAGUUCAUCAGAGAUUUUAUAAGCAAGUUCGACGAGUUUCUUGAAAGACCGGAGAGUUCCUUUGAUAUUCAGCUUUUAAACGAAAUGAAAGAUAAAAUAUUACGCAAGCCGAUUCAGGAUAUCUAUAUAGAUAGGGCCAUUAGCGAAGGCACCAGGUGUUGGUCAUGUCUUGUCCUUCGCUGGAGCUUUCCGAAAUACUGGCUUGCUCUUCUCGGCCAGGAUGCUGAGUUGUAUGAACCGAUCUUUAUCGCCAUCUGGAGAUUCCAUUACGUCGACUAUGUGCUCUUGGAAAGGAUACUUCAGCAACAGGCGCACCUUGGCAGUCGCUACGAUAUCAAAGAUUUCGAGGGCCUGGAGGAAACACGCUGUUCUUUUGCAAAGCUGAUCAACAAUUGUCUGGAGCUAAUGAAAGUUUUACGGCAUUAUUUUUUCAAGGAUUUAUUGGAGCCAGCUUUUGACAGACUUCUGUUGGCUUGCAACAAGGCUAACACUCUCGAAGAUAUACUACUCGCUAAUAGGACAUACCUGAAGUUCAUCAAACGCGGUUGCCUGCAAACGAAAAGUCUUCGGAAGUCCAAAGAGUAUUUAGAGCGACUUUAUAACUUAGUCCUUAAUCUGAAUAACAAGCUGAAAAAGUUCCUGAAAUCCUGUGAAACUUCGAAACAGUAUGUGCUAAAUAUUCGCCUGCAUAAUUCACACAGUUUGGCUUCCAGUUCUUAUAGAGAUCGCAUGCGGACCUUCAGUUUGACCUGCAAAAACUACUCGUAUGUCAUUAACGAUUUAAGGGAUCAAUUUAUUUCGGGCAUGAUAAGCUUUUUACUGAGUCUGCAUUUGGCAAAUGAAGAGUCAUUAAGGUUGCUUGCUUUAAGCUUGGAUCCCAAAGGCUAUUAUAAGAGAAAGGACAAGAGAUUGAGUCAGGUGCAAUUGUUCGAGUACAUGAGGAAGACCAGAAAUAGUAGCUGAGCUUAACAAUCUUCUAAGUCAUGAGUAUACCUUCCCAUAUAUUUUUUGUAACAGCCAUGCUUGUACACAAAAUAAGUUGUAUAUUUAUAUGAACAACACUGGCUUUUGUAAAAUAAUAAAAAUCCAAUCCAUAUACACACA